ACAUGACUUUACUUCCUGUACCUCACAUUCAUUCAAAACAUUGCCCUGUGUUCAGGGAAGUAAAGUGGCGCACGUAGCGAACUGCUUAGAUGUUAAACCUACAUUGAAGAGCUCCUACAUUAAUUUAAAGCCUCACUUCAAGACAGUCCCCGUGUGAGCACGCAUCAUGUCUCUGCUCAGAUUUGCAGUCCCACUGUUGCUGUGUGCAUAUUCACUUGGGAAACCUCCUUCGUUCAGCAUUGAUUACCAGAACGACUGCUUUAGGAAAGAUGGUGAAGUUUUUCGUUACGUAUCAGGAAGCAUCCACUACAACAGGAUCCCCAGAGUGUACUGGAAGGAUCGACUGCUGAAGAUGUACAUGGCAGGACUGAACGCCAUCCAGAUUUACAUCCCCUGGAACUACCACGAGGAGUCUCCAGGUCGCUACAACUUCAGUGGGGACCGAGAUGUGGAGUAUUUCCUUCAGUUGGCUCAAGACAUUGGUUUUCUGGUCAUCCUUCGGCCUGGACCCUACAUAUGCGGAGAAUGGGACAUGGGUGGACUCCCUGCCUGGCUUCUGGAUAAGAAAGACAUUGUGCUGAGGUCGUUAGAUCCAGGUUAUAUCGCAGCAGUAGAUACAUGGAUGGGGAAGUUGCUUCCAAUGAUAAAGCCAUUUCUGUACCAGAAUGGAGGUCCUAUCAUCACUGUGCAGGUGGAGAAUGAAUAUGGCAGUUAUUUUGCUUGCGACUAUAACUACAUGCGUCACCUGUCCAAGCUGUUCCGUUCCUACCUGGGUGACGAUGUGGUGCUCUUCACCACAGAUGGAGCUGGGGUCGGCUUCCUCAAGUGUGGCUCGAUACAAGGUCUCUACGCCACCGUUGACUUCGGGCCAGGUGGAAAUGUCACUGCAGCCUUUGACGCACAGAGACACGCGGAACCUCAUGGACCUUUGGUGAACUCAGAGUUUUACACUGGCUGGCUGGACCACUGGGGCUCACGUCACUCAGUUGUGUCGUCUACCAGAGUUACCAAGUCCCUCAAUGAGAUCCUGUCCAUGGGGGCAAAUGUCAACCUUUACAUGUUCAUAGGAGGGACAAACUUUGGAUACUGGAAUGGCGCGAAUGGACCUUACGCUCCACAGCCCACGAGCUACGACUAUGACGCCCCGCUCUCAGAGGCAGGCGACCUCACUGAGAAAUACUUUGCCAUUCGAGACGUGAUCAGAAUGUACCGUAAGAUACCAGAGGGGCCGAUUCCACCAACAACUCCUAAGUUUGCAUAUGGGACGAUUGUGAUGAAACAGCUUCAGACAGUAUCUGAUGCCCUAGAACAACUGUCUUUCUCAGGCCCAGUCAAGAGCAUGUUUCCUCAGACUUUCAUUGAACUGAACCAGGCUUUUGGUUACAUACUCUACAGGACUAAUCUCCCUGUUGACUGCAGCACACCCACUCCUCUGUCAUCUCCACUGAACGGGGUCCAUGACAGAGCGUACGUGUCAGUGAAUGGGGUGUCUAUGGGGAUUCUUGAAAGGAACAAAGCCAUAUCUGUCAAUGUGACUGGGAAAGCUGGCAGUACGGUGGACAUACUGGUGGAGAAUAUGGGCCGAAUCAACUACGGAAAAAACAUCAACGACUUUAAGGGCCUGGUGUCUAACCUGACUCUGGGUGCAAACAUGCUCCUCGACUGGACCAUGUACAGUCUCAGUAUUGAUGAAGCGGUCAGUCAGGGACUUCUUGGGGAAACUAAACCAACAGCUCCUCUUCCACCUGCUGCUCUCUCUCUUCCAGCGUUUUAUGAGGGAAGUUUUAUUAUUCCUGAUGGAAUCCCAGAUCUCCCACAGGACACCUACAUCAAGCUGCCCCAGUGGAGGAAGGGCCAAGUUUGGAUAAACGGCUUCAACCUGGGACGUUAUUGGCCGAGUCGAGGGCCACAGCUAACUCUCUUCGUCCCUGCCAACAUCCUGAGCACCGCUGAACCCAACAAUGUGACUCUCCUGGAGCUGGAGAAGGCUCCCUGCAGCUCAGGGAUGUGUAGUGUGGAGUUUACCACCACCCCCAUCCUCAAUGCAACCGUGCAGUCUGUCUUUAAGCACCAUAGAAGGCUCUUCUCUAAAGAGGAUUUGUUAUGAUAUUCAGGGAACUCUCUGCUGCACAAAAUGAAUCAAUUUGCACUACUCACUUAUCCCAAAUCAGCACCUGUGUGAGCUUUAUGUAGGUUUGAUUUAAAAACAAACUGUAAUAUGUGAAAGAAUAUGCGUCCAGGUUUAAUCAUCAAUGAUGAACAGUGUUCUAAUGCACUGUGGUCGUCUCUACCUCGCUGAUUCUCCAUUUUCUUUGAAAGAUUCUUUCCUAUUCACACAGGGAUUAAUGCCAAAACAUCACAGAAGCCUGUAUUUUAAAAGAAUGUAUAUUUUUUCUGGGGAAAAAACACAUCAGGGAAAUAUUACAUAUAUCACCAUAUACCUAUUGAUACUGUGUACGACGUGUGAUCUGUAGCUUUUUCUUCUUUGCCUGUGAAGCAUUUUCCUUUAAAAGCAAGAAAUAAAAAGAUAGAUUUUAUCAUUCUUAA